AUGGAGAUGCUUUAUACACUCGUCCAGGGAAAUAUAACAGUAUAUACCAUCCUCGCAAUUGUAUUUAUAUUUAUUCGAAAAAACGCAUCUCCAGCCCCAGUUCCUAUUAUGAUGGAUCCAGUUAUGCAAAAACUUAAACAAGAUAUUUUGACUUUGCAAAACAAAAUUGCACAAAUGGAAACUGAAGCGGAAUGGAAAUCUGAAGCCCGAAGUAGUGAGCAAGCAUCUAUACAAAGUUACAGGUCCAAAUAUUCUACUGAAACUGAAACACUCUGGGUCGAAUUUACGGCCAUAUUUAACGAGAGAAGAAAAAGAGAAAAAUGUUCUCCCACGAAAAUGUACAAUGUCCUGUCCGAGGAAAUAGAUCUCAGCCCAUCCACGCUUGCAAAAUUCUAUCAACAUCAAAAAUCUCCACAACGUACAUCAUUAGACAAAAUCGAGACUUGGAUCGAGAGAGAGAACCAGAAAAAAGAUAACUCUGUUGUAAUUAGCGGUGAAAGCAGAAACAAUUUUUCUAGUAAUAGUAAUAAUUUUUUUGACAACAGUAAUAAUGACGAUGAGAACGAUAGCUAG